AUCCCGUUUAAUAUCACGAUUAAAACCUUUAUCAUCAUCAUUAUAUAAUGUUUCAAGUCGGUAAUACAGGCGACAUUAAUUCUGAAUGAAGCGCGCCAACCUCUACACGUUCACGCGCGUUAUUUGACUCCAUUUUAAAUUCGCACGUGAGCAAAUGACCACUGCAUGGACUGCCCUACAGAAAGAGCGGCGUGCUUUCAUAGUUGACCUACGUCACUAAAAGGGCGGGGCCAGUGUCGUGACCGCUAUGUAACAUAGGAAACUAUAGUUUGGGGGCUGGUCUUAAAAUUGUGUAACUGAGCUAUGUAAGCCGCUACAACUUGUACCUAUUAUGUAUUUGGAAGAGUUAAAGACAAUGCGGUGUCUCGUUGUUUUGUAAGGAUAUGUUUGGUAAUGUAUUCGGCACCAUUCAUCUCUUUUAAUACAGAGGUUAUAGUGACGUUUAUAGCAACAGUCUCGAGCUGAUUACUUUAAAUUAAAAGCCCAUAUUACAUUUUUAAUAUUUAAAAAAAUUUAUGUAUUUGUUUUAUUCGAUUAUAGCGCUCUUUUAUUGUUGAGAGCUCUUUCGCUUUAUUCAGCUGUAGACACAUGUAAUGAUGGGAGUCGGAGCUGAUAAUAAAACCGAGAGCACGUCUAGUAAGUUAACAUUGCAGCAGCUUGAGGAAAAAGAGGAGGUAGAGCCCGGCAACGAUGGAGCCCUGAGGCUGGCGAAGGAUGAUCACCAGUCAAAGGAGCAAAGAGAAACGUGGGGUCGGCGUCUGGAGUUCGUGCUCGCCUCUGUCGGUUAUGCGGUGGGUUUGGGAAACGUGUGGCGCUUCCCGUACCUGUGCUACAGGAGCGGAGGAGGUGCUUUCUUGAUUCCCUACUUGAUCAUGUUGUUUCUCUGUGGUAUCCCACUGCUGUUCAUGGAGUUCGCUGUUGGGCAGUACACCCGUCUGGGGCCGGUCCACUCUCUGGCUAAAAUAUGUCCCCUCUUCAAAGGUGUGGGGCUUGCCACAGUGGUGAUUUCUUACGUGCUCUGCACCUACUACAAUGUGCUCAUGACCUGGGCUCUCUACUACCUGCUUCACUCGUUCAGCCCCUCAUUGCCAUGGCAGUCCUGCAACAACACAUGGAAUGCAAUUGGCAACUGUUCCACUGGUUUUCCUGGCAAUGCCACACAUCUGCAAUCAGCCAGUCAACAGUUCUUUGAUCAUAAGGUUUUAGAAAUGACCACAGGAAUUGAGCAUGCUGGAGGGAUUCGAUGGGAACUCUUUGGCCUUCUAGUCCUGGCCUGGGCCAUUGUUUAUUUCUGUAUCUUUAAAGGAGUCAAAUCCACCGGAAAGGUUGUGUACUUUACUGCCACGUUCCCUUAUUUCAUACUGUUUGCAUUGCUGAUCAAUAAUGUCCAGUUGCCUGGAGCAAAAGAUGGUAUUCUCUUCUUUCUCAUGCCAAACUGGAGUAAACUCUUGGAAGUCCAGGUGUGGGUCAAUGCUGCUGCUCAGAUCUUUAACUCCAUCGGCAUCUCCUUCGGUUCUAUGAUAUCUAUGGCGAGUUACAACAAGUUCAACAACAACAUCCUCAGGGACACCUAUAUCGUCUGUCUGGCUAAUUCAGCCACUAGUAUCGUGGCCGGGUUUGUUAUUUUCUCUGCCAUUGGGUACAUGGCCCACAUUCACAACCUACCUGUAGAUGACAUUGCCACUGAUGGGCCUGGUCUGGUGUUUGUGGUGUAUCCUGAAGUGUUCUCCACCAUGCCAGUCUCUCAGCUCUGGGCUCCUUUGUUUUUCAUCAUGCUACUCUGCCUUGGAUUGGACAGUCAGUUUGCCAUGGUGGAAGUGGCUGUAACUUUCAUCAUGGACGGUUUUGGCAAGAAAGCUCUGCAAGUUUUUAAGAGGAAGGAGCUGAUCAUUCUGGCGGUGUGCAGUGUUGGAUUUCUGCUGGGGAUCCCUCACAUUACCAGGGGUGGGAUAUACGUGUUUCAGCUGAUGGAUCACUACACAGCUGUGGUGUCUCUUAUGUUCCUGGCCUUCUUCGAGGUGCUCGCCAUCACCCUCAUAUUUGGAGUGAGACGGCUCAGUUUAAUGGUGGAGACUAUGCUGGGGAAGAAACCAAACCUCUUCUUCCGUGUCUGCUGGCAGUUCCUGUCACCCAUGCUUGUGCUGGGUAUUCUGAUCUCCAGUAUUGUUCAGUAUACUCCAGCUCGAUACGGUAAGUCCUACACAUACCCGCUGUGGGCAGAGGUGGUGGGCUGGUUCAUCUCUCUCGUCUCCAUCAUCUGGAUUCCACUGGGGGCUCUACAUGAGCUUUGGACCACAGAAGGGUCUCUGCUGCAGAGGUUGAAAAAGUCCAUAACCCCAACUUUAGAUCUGGGGUCUGUUUCGGAGAAACCAUCUGGCGAGUCCAUUGCGCUGUUUGCUGCUGCUUAGACACCUGCAUGAGGGUUCUUGGUAUGUUUACUCAUUAGAAGUACAAAGUAGCUUUGCUUAAACUGUAAAAAGUAUAAUUUCAUGUUUUUAUUUGUAUUUAUAUUCUGCUUAUUGUAUUUAAGAUUAAUGCCGAAAAGUACAAACAUCAAAAAGGGCCCAGAAUUUCAAUAUGGCUUUGUUUUUUCCUUUUUUACAUGUAUUGUUUUUGAUUAUGUGACAGUUUUUUUUAAAUGUAACCUAAUGUCAGAAAUGAGAGAUUUUAUUCAUAUUUUUCUUUAAGGAAAGAAAUGUAAAAUAUAUGAUAAUUUAUGAUAUAUGGUAAUGAGAGAGAAAUUAUUAGACUUUGUUUUUUUCUGUUAUUUAAACUUUAAAAUAAUUAAGCAUUGAGCUUGAACUUUGUUGGAAUAUAUCUUUUGAUACACUGACCUGAAAGACUGAUGAAACAUUUAAAUGUAUAGAAUUUUAGAAACCGCAUACUUGAUUUUACAAAACAGCAUUUCCAUGAAACUCUUCCACAAAGUUUUCAAAUGUCAGCAUCAAUUUGUUAUGGGUGCAACAACAUUCACUCUCACAGGCUUUACCACGGUCAGAUUCAUAGAAAAAGAAAGAAAUAUAAAGAGCUGCUUUCAGAUGCCUUCAUGUUCACAGAGGAGCAAGGUUACAUGACUUGAAGUCCACAGAUUCAGCUGCUUAUUACUCAUGCAUGUUUUGCCCUCUACUUUGUAAACUUGAACUGUGGCACAUAUUUUAAAACACUUUUCCCAAGCGUACGGGAAAAAUGAAAGGUAAAACUGUGUGACCUUAUUAGUAAGCACUUUCUGACGUCACAUGUAAAGCCUAUUCAUUGACAGAGAUUGUACUAAAAUUCAUGUUUACUGUUAUUCUUUUAGUAUUUACUAUUUUACUUUCAAUUUAGAGUAAAAAGAAGAAAAAAAAGAUUUUAUGUUUUUAAAAAACUGACCUUCAUAUCAAAAUGCAUAUUAAGAAAUAAAAUAGUUUACUAUGCACACUAUUGUAACAAAUAACAGAUAAAUCAUAAAUGGUAGUAUCCACUGAAGGUGAAUUAUAUUGAUUAUAUUGUGUAAAUAUUUUUAUUUUUACUGUUAUUUUUUAACAUAUGCAUAUCAUUGUCAUACAGCAUGUCAUCUUUGUGUGUUAUCUCAGAAUAAAUACUUAUUUGUUUUGCUUUUAAUGAUACUACAAAAAGAUCAUCAUGCAAAAAGUUUUUUCAUUAUACACUGUCUAUCGAGAUGAUAUGUUUUUAUAUAUUUAAAAUUGCGUUUUUUGUCAUGACUGGCCGUUUUAAGUGCAAGUGUCUUACCAAAAUAAAAGGUUUUGUGUU